GCCACGCCUCCUUUGUUGCACAGUGGGGAAUCUGUCCUCAUAGAUAUCUAUCUGCAGCGCCCUGGGGAUGGACGCUCUGGAGGGCAGGUUGUUGGCCAUAAAGCAGGACUUAUUGGAGAAAGCUGAUGUGAAGCCACCUGUGGUGCUCACAGACUCUCAGAUGAUACUGAAAAAUGAACUGGAUCUCAUCAAAGCUCAGCUCCAUGCACAGACUAAGGCUUUCCAGGCACUCAGCCAUUCCAUUACUUUGUUGGAACAGGAGAGCAACCAUCAACAGAUAAGGAUCAAGCAACUGGAAGAGGAAGUGCAGUUUGCUUCCCACUCAACUCAUGGGGAGACUCUUGACAACCUAGUGCAGAGAAGAAUCCAGGAGCUUUGGAGAGCCAUGGCCAAAGAGGUGGAAGGACUCCAGGGCUCCAUGAUCCAGAAGGAAAGCUCAGUGGAGAGCCUGUCUCAGGAAGUCCUUGAAAGCAAGACAUUCCUUUGGGAGGAGCUGGAAGCAGUGCAGAGUGAAUUGCGACGCAUCCAUCAGAAACUGAAAGACCAGGAAGUUGACAUAACAAGGAACCUGGUCAGCAUCAAGAAAAUGCAGGAGAAUCAAAUAAAAUGCACCAAGAUCCUGAGCCAGCUGAGGGGCACAAACCCAGAAUAUUCCUCACAGGAAAAUAAGUUAGUGUCUGAAGAGCUGAAUGACAUCUGGUCAGCUGUCAACACCCUCCGUAACACCAUCUCUGACAACAUCUGGACUGACAAGAGGGGGCCUUCAAGAAUCAAAGGCAAGGGGUAA